UUAAAUGUAAACGCAUUGUUGAAAUUUAUAAAAUCAUCUUAAAUAUAUCACUUGUAAUAAGGAAUUGCUCUGCUUUAAUGAGAAAGCAAAUAAUGAAGAUUUUGGUAUUUCUGAUAAUGUGUUUGUGCUUCAAAUACAUCGCUACAAUCCGUGUAAAUAAUGGCGGAUAUGAGGAUCUGUAUAUUGUAAUACAAGACAACAACGAGGACAGUGAAUUUCUUCUAAAGCGUAUACAGAAAAUUUUUACGGACUCGUCUAAACUACUGUUUACAGCCACCAAGAAUUAUCUAUACUUCAAGAAAAUCAAAGUUAUUGUACCAAAGACAUGGCAGCAUAAGGAAAAGUACAAGAAGGCUCGGAUACCUUCACACAUUGAACAGGAAAUAAUUAUUGACAACGCUAAACAAAGCGAAACAGGCCAGCCAAGGGUAAAAGGGGUAAUCGCAUGUGGCACUGGAGGUUCAUAUAUGUACCUUCAUUCAGAAAAAUUUAUUUUGAAAACAGAGUACACAUCUUGGGGUUGGCAUGAUAACGUGAUAGUGCACGAGUUUGGUCAUUUAAGGUAUGGCUUAUAUGAUGAGUAUCCUAUUUCCAAAGAUAGUUCCCAAUUUUACCAGUACGAAGGGGAGUGGAAACCAACAAGAUGUUCAGAGGAAAUUCAGGGAAAAAUUGGAAUUGGCGAUUAUUGCGAGAAAAGUGAGGCAUGUGAUUAUAAAAAUACCAGAAAGAAAUUGAAUGAUACCUGCAACUUUUGUCCCUAUAGAACUCAAAAGGUAGAGGCUUCGUUGAUGGGUUAUCAAUGGAUAGAAGCCUUAUCAAAGUUCUGCGAAAGGGAUGACAUAACAACGUCCAGACAUGUGAGGCACAACCGUUUUGGAAAAAAUUAUCACAACAAACGAUGUAGUUCACAGAGUGCAUGGGAAAUAAUGAGCAAUCACCAGGACUUUAUAGAUGCAAAUAAGCUGCAUAAUUCUACUGACACUCGGCCCUCAUUUGAAUUCAUUCAAGAAACUGAACAAUACCUUGUUCUUGUGCUGGAUGUUUCCGGCAGUAUGGAGGGGAAACGUAUUGAAAACCUGCUGCAAGUAACAGAGAUUGUCAUUAAAGAGCUCAUUCCGUCCGACACCUAUCUUGGUAUCAUAGUAUUCAAUAACACAGCCAGAGUUGUAAAAGAACUGACUGAGGUAACAUCCGAUUCCGUCCGAGAUCAGUUGAUGAAUAGUCUACCUACUGUGGCUAAAGGAGGAACAUGCAUUGGUUGUGGCAUUGAAAGUGCUAUUGAGUUGUUUAAAAGAACACUAGGUGACGCCACUGACGGAGAAAUUAUUCUCGUUUCUGAUGGGAUGAACAAUAUAGGCAACAUUGACGAAUCAAGACGUAGGAUGUUAACAGAAAAUGUCAUAGUACACACUGUCUCUGUCACUCAAGAUGCCGAUGUUGUUCUUGCUGAUAUUUCAAAAGAAAGCAGAGGGAAACAUUUUACAUACCUGGAAACUGGAACAUCUAGUUUUACUGCUUUAUUUGACGAAAUAAUAGUUAGCAGCCACACCUCGUCCUUCAAACAUGCUGCUGUGCUUGCAUCAGAGCGAAUAAACAGCACAUCAUCAAACAUAGUCAAACUGACAUUUCCUGUAGAAAAGAAUCAAGGAGAAAAUACAUUUGUUGCUGUAAUAGUACAAUCGGAUUAUAACGGUCGAUUGCAGCUUAAUCUGUCUGGUCCAAAUGAUUUUUUUAGAACAAUUAUUACUUCGAAAAAGACAGCAACUCUUCGGAUUCCAGAUAUAGCUCAGCAUGGUGAUUAUGAAGCAACGAUUACAAUGGACACGAGUGGAAUAUCACUUGAGUAUGUAGUAAAAUCAACACCAGUCAGUAGUGAUAUUAUACGAAUCGAGGCAUAUAUGUCAGCAUUGAAGAUUGACUUUAAAACUGGAGAGCUUCCUAUUAUCUACACAGAGGUUAUUAAGGAACACUCCCAAGUAAUAAAUGCAAACGUCACAGCUCGUGUAGAAUCAAACGACGGGGGCAAAGGUUGUGACGAAUAUUUAUAUGAUAAUGGAAUAGAUCCGGAUGAUAUCCGUGAUGACGGGAUUUAUUCAGCCUAUAUACUUCCACAAUGCCUUAGUGCCGGGCGCAUAAAUGUGAAGAUCUUUGCUAAAGGACAGGACGGAAAGGUGCGCAUUAAGAGAGUUACUGCUGGAUUUCAAGCACCUUAUCAAGAGGAAACAGUUGACGGAAUACAAACGGAACGUUUUCAGCGUGUUAGACUGAUGGAAGACCUUUAUAUUGAAACUAUGAGGAUCCUGGACUAA